AUGCGGGGCCUGCAAUACAAAACUAACAUUUUGGGCUCACAGCAUGGAAAUGAUGAAUGCUUUCUGAAUACAAUUGAGGCCUGUGCUGUUACAGUAUACCCUAAUGUGGCACAACAAUUUAGAUUUAUACACUGCAUAGAGAAUCUGACCUUAGAGGGAAGGCAAAACCAAUGGGUUAAUUGCUUCCAAAUGACUGGAUUGGCCAAAUUACCCUUGGACUGUUAUACAAAUGGCAAUGGCAAAAAUAUUGAACAAAAGUUUGCUCAGGAAACUACUCAGCUUAAUCCACCCCAUAGAUUUGUUCCAUGGGUAGUUGUCAACAAUCAAGCACUUCAAGAGGACUACCCUAAUUUUGUGAACUAUAUUUGCAAGGCUUACAAGGGCAAGUCAAAACCAGUUGCUUGUAGAUCACUUUCCACAAGAACUUAUGAUAUGAUGAAUGAUGGAAACAAUUCAUUUCAAAAACCGGUUUGUUAUGUAGGUCAUGUCAAAAAUCUGACACUACCAUAGUGACUGCUCAAAAGACCAAGCAGUAAAUAAAUCUCCAUGAAAGUGAUGUUGGAAUUUUGGUUUGAUUUAUGUACUUCUUGUACAAGAAUAUAGAAUAUUAUCUCAUGUAAGAAUUCAUAUGAUCUUAUAUAUAUGUAGAUGUUGAAUUUUAUCUUUAA